GCUCUCCAUUCUCCAGCCUCUCGCGUCUUGCAUCACAUCUACUUCGCUGAUUCUGAACGCCAAAUGGCAGCCAUUUCCUCGGCUCCGGCCACCUCUGUAUUAGGGUUCCGGCGAGCAUUACCCAAUCGUCUGGAAGCCCUUCACCUCCAAUAUUUCGCCUGUCUUUCACCCUCUCGACCCGUCCGACGGUUGGCAGAUGCUACAGGGUUACAGCAGAAGAAAUUUGGGGUUCGAAAACUACCUGCUUCUGGCUCUAAUACCCCUAAUUCCAAUACCAGCAAAGAAGGCACAAGCAGCAGUGGCUCUUCAGGAUCUGAUCCACCACUUCUCACUAAUUUAGCCGGACUUUUGGUUUUCCUCCUUGUUUUGUUGGUUGUAGGCUCCCUAUUUAUGUGGCUUGUUGGUUUAAUUCUCCAUCCACCAAGCCGCUAGAGUCUCUUGCCAAUCAAAACUGUAAUUUUUGCAAGCUUUUUUGCUUUGUGUGACUUCUUCUACUUAGAGUGGUUCGGUUUGGAUGAUUGAAGAUGACAUGAUUAAGUGCAGGUUAGUAUUUUGCAUUUUGAA